AUGUAUCUGAGAAUGUGCGUGGUAAAUAUUGCAUUCCUUUCCAAAGUUCUGCUUUUAAUGUACGCCUCACCAGUUAUUGGAUCUAGCAACUGCAGGCCUUCUGCAAGCAAUGAUGCAUGGAAGUUUCUGAAGACGUUUAAAGAAGGCUAUAUCCGGUAUACAACAGUGAACGCUCACGAGAUAUGCCACUCAUUCGAUCAAAUACAACUUGAUACUACAACCAAAAAGGCUGUCUACAGUGUUACCACCUUGUCAACUGGUAAUGACCACGCAAUAUCAACUGAGAACAAAACAAUACAGGUACAAGACUGUCCCACUGAUGUGAAGGUAUCUCUGCAAAGUAGUGGUGAACUCCUUUAUAACGUAACUCUUGAGUACAGCGACUACGCGACUUGCACUAUUGCGCAGCACGAUGAAGCAAGUAAAAGCAAGUAUUACAUUUUCAUUGCUUAA